AUGGCGUCCUAUUUUCAGUCGUAUUUUCAGACCUCCUCGAUGCCGAAGCGCCUGCUCCAAUAUGUGCUCACAAGGAUUGAGAUUCUUGAUACCGAUGCCUUGGACUUGCAGAAUCUUGAUAUAGCAUGGGGUAAGAACAGUACCUUCGAAUUUAGAGAUGUUGCUUUGCGAAUGAAGAAAUUAGAAGGUCUCUUGCACUUACCACCUUCGCUCGAACUUGUAAACGCUCAACUCCUCCUAUUACGCGUCACCAUACCUGUGGAUAUCUACAGCAGCCCCAUAAUCAUUGAAAUAGAUGGUAUCGAGAGUCUUCUACGUGUCAAGUCCAGGUCAGAAACGGGCACAGCACACCCAUCAUCUAGUACGAAUCACGAUCGUUCAAGAAAGCGACCGCCUACACCUAGCACACGACAGCCCCACAAGUUUCGAGGGACAUAUGAAGGUACAGCUCAUGAAGAUGAGGGACCUGUUGUACCAACAGCAGUCGACCUUGCCGCAUCGUUUUUGCAAACUGAACCGGAAGAAGAAAGGGCAGAGUUUGAAGCUGCAAUUUUAUCGGAAACACAAGAUUUCGGAGACUCGUCAGUGCUGAGUGACGAUGGAGAGAUUCCAGUAGGCACAGGUACUGCGCUCUCUCUGCCAAACUUUAUGGCCAGUUUCAUACAAGGCAUUGUGGAUCGUUUACAAGUCAGGAUUCGUGGGAUCACGGUCAAUCUGGAUAUUGAGAUCCCUCCAGAGCCAUCUAAACGGACGGCUGCCAACCAAGCAGAUACUGUCACUUUCCAACUAAAAGUAGAAGAUAUUGACAUUCAAGGCGUCACUCAUGGAUUGGAGAAGGUUGACGGCAAUGAACGACCUUCUCAGCCACCCUACAGGAAAGGGACACGACUUGUCUUUCUGUCCAAUAUCAGGGGAUUUCUAAUUUCAGAGGCAAAUCUGUUUUCGACUCUUGCCCGAUCAUCUGCCCUGUCUUCGCCGUCAGCAAGGCAUUCUGACAUGCUUGAUGAUGGUGGCAGUAAAGCAGGUUCCAAGACUAAGUCAGGUAUACAUGAGAGCACACAUCGGAUAUUUGAUUCGAGAUCUUCGGCUGCCCGAGGUUUCGCUGAUUCUGGCAGUGAUUCCAUGGCGUCGUUAACUGAAAAUGCGUCUAGCUUGCGAUCCAUCACUGGAUCCGUGGUUGCCAGCGAUAGCGGAAGAUUUGAGGACGCCCCUGAAGACGAUGAGACAUCAAAUACAUAUAAUAGACGUGGUGAUCUCAGUGAGGUUGGUGGUACCGAAAGCAGAGAAUCUGCAUUUCGGGAUCGGAUUGCAGAGAGCGAGUAUAUGGAUGAGGAACAGUCCAUGUCUCAACAAUAUUCGUCCAACGUUCGCGUCAUGUCCCAUUCAUCUACGCCACGGGCUUCGAUACACAUGCCGGUUCUCGGCCCUGGAGUUGUCGCUCCCGAUGUUUUCGAUUUCACCCUAAAAGACUCGCCUCACUUUAAGUUUCCCUCAACUAUAUUGCCUACAAGAUCUCACCCAAGGUUUUCACAUGACCGAAUCUCGCACUCUCAACCAUCUCUCCAUACAGACCUGCCACCAACUCACAGAGGUGACAUUCCAAGCAGCCAGCCUUUGAACGCCGGGGACGUUGGGGUUGAUGACAGUGAUGGAGAAGACGAGUAUGACAACGGCACACCUCCAGCGGGGGAGGAUCUUGCGCAGUCUCAACUAUUUAGUCAUGAGGAUGCUGAAAGCAUGUAUAUGAGCGCUGUGUCUCACAGCUCCUCGACAGACAAAGUCCCCGGUGGAUGGGCACGUUCCAGCGGCAGCGAGGAGCGACCUCCCAGGCCUCACAGCCCAGUUUCCAUAGGUGGGGAGGAAGGAAGCGCAUGUGACAACCUCGAACAUGCUCGCCAUGCUGGCCCCUCGGAGCUGCAGCCAGAUUCUUUGGAGACUGAAGACUUGGGACCACCGAAGCUCGGGAGACUGCCCUUUACUGCUCAGAAAGGGUCCCCAGAUAUAUGCCGGGGCUCAAGCGAUGCGUCAGAGGGGUCCGCAGCGUCUCCCGACGAAUAUAAACGUUUGACAAAGUCGAUCUUUAGCCUCGAUCACAUAAAUGUCUACUUUCCAGCUAUCAGCCACGAAAGUGGUGCAGCUUCAUCAGAAGCCAGCUCAGAGCUACCCACCAGUAGUGUCUCCGAGAACCAGAAUUUCGCAUCGCAAUAUACGUCAAUAAAUGUACCAGGGGCAUUUUCUACGCACUUGCCCAGCUCCUGGACACCCCAACCCCAGGCAGUUGAGACGGGGGACAUGCAGACUACACAGAGUGCCGAAGAUAAUGAUGCUAUUGAGGUAGCUUUUGGAAAAUUGCUCGUUCAAUUCGACAUUGCAAUCGGAAAGCUUGUCUGCCGACUGGUUGCUCAGCUCAAAGAUAUUUUCAAAACAGAGGCGCAACCCAUGGGUCCUGGUCCACAACUGGGUUCCCAUGAUCGGAGGCUCACCAUUGGUUUCGAGGAUAUCUCAGUCAAGUUCUUAGAACGUCUCGACGGCGUUUUGGGGUCUUCACGUUCACCACCCACUGUAGAACAGUUCUCGGAAACGCCAUCGCCGGAUGUUCUCUUGCGAAUGAGUCUCACCGGACUUGAUGUCCAAGCACAAACGUCGAGGGAGGUCACGAAAACCGCAAUCACUCUGAAAAAGUUCAUCUUUGGUUAUGCGCAGGAGAACAUUGUAUCGUUUGAUGCCACCCUCCAGAUGAGAGCUUCUGUCAAAGACCUCAAAGCUUCUGAUGGAAUCGAUGUGUCUCUGAACAUCACCCAGACUGCCCAUACUACCAGGUUUGAGAUUUUUACUCUCCCUUUGCAUGUUUCAAUUGAUCUCCGGAGACUAGACGAGACGUUCAAUUGGUUUGGGGGCCUGAGCGGUGUCUUGAACCUGGGCAGCUCCAUUGCAUCAAAUGCUACUGUUACCGCUACUAGUCCUAGUAAGCCAAUACCACGCGGCGUACGUUUUGAGACACCUAUUCGACCUGACGAUAUAUCCCUGAACGCACAGAAUAAAGCAGAUGUAAGGUUUGGUGGCUUUAUUCUUGACUUGGUCGGCACAGAGUGUAGUAUUGGUGUCGAGACUUCUGCCGUCAAAGUGGUAAGCCGCGACGAGGGCAUUGGAGUUUUCAUCCAACGUAUUAGACUAUCCGGUCCACAUCUCAAACGGUCUCACGAGGAGCCUGCAAUUAAUAUGGACAUCGCCGCCACUCGCAUUGAGUACCUCGCAACCCCAAAAGAUGCCGAUUUAGACCGCCUCCUGUCUCUUAUUACCCCUUCAAAGGCCAAAUAUGACCAAGAUGACGAUAUCUUACUCGAUACGCUUCUUCGUCAGCGUAACCAGGGCGCUGUGGUGCGUCUGACCGUCGAGAAUAUCCAGACCCAGAUCAGCAAGUUAAAUGAGCUUGGCUAUCUCCCCGAACUAGGCGAAGAGGUCUCUAGGCUCGCUACUGUUGCAAAGUAUCUUCCCGAUGAUGACCGGCCAGGUCUACUCUCUUUGAUCAUGGUUCGGAACGUUGAUGUCAGUGCCGAUGUGGGGGGUCUUGUGGGUACUGUCCAGCUCUCGUGCACCGACGUCGAAAUAGCCCAGAUCACUCUCCCGUCCCUCAUUGCUCUCAGUAUAGGUGGCAUAUCGGCUCGGCGAAACACAAUAGAGGAUCUGAUUGGGAUUGCCACAGACCCAGGAUUACGAGAGCCUAGAGAUAGGAGCCCUGCUCUCAUGGCAAGACUGAUUGGCGAUGAGAUGGAACCUGUGGUCAAGAUCAAGCUUUGGAACCUGAGACUUGAAUAUCGUGUGCCCACGCUAAUGACGCUGCUUGGCCUUGCAGAGAAUGCAACGACCCAAGACAUCUCUGCCAGCUUGACAGCAUCUGUGGCGACACUCACUGACUUCACUCAACCAAACCAGACUCGUAGCACCAUCCCACGAGGAGCUACUGUGGCAAAAUCCGGUGCAUCCAAGCCACUGGCAAUUGAUAUUGUACUGCGGGACUGCAUUUUGGGGAUGAAUCCGUUAAGUUUACCAUCCAAAGUCUUGGUCGUCUUGACGGAGGCUCAUGUUGAGGCGAUCCUACCGAAAGAUCAAAACGCGAGCGUUUCGAUGGAGAUGAAUAAAGCUUCCAUUCUGGUAGUCGACAACGCCGCUCAUCUCACAUCAGCACAAGCAGGUGCAAAUGCACCCAGGUAUUCGUUCGAUGGUGGAAGCACACAGGUUGCAGAUCUGUGUGCCACAGGAUACGUCUCCGUUAGUUACAUAUCAUCUGCAAAAGCUUUCAUAAAAAUGUCCACAAGCGGAGACGGCGAACGGGCACUUGAUGUAGAGCUUCGGGACGAUCUUUUCGUGCUCGAGUCCUGCGCCGAUUCUACACAGACCCUUAUUGCUGUACUCAGCAAUCUAUCACCUCCGACACUUCCAAACAAGGAGACGAAGUACCGCACAAAGGUAAUCCCUGUGCAUGACUUGCUUGCAUCUUUGUCUGGGGAUGCUUUCGGCACUGCAGAGGGAGAUUACGAUUUUGAUGAUGACUUUGGGCUUGGUGAAGGUGUAGAAGAAGACUUUCCUGGUGAGGACGUAGACUUUGACUUUGAUUCUCAUUACUACCGGAAGGUAUCGGAAGCCUACGACCCAGAAAUUCUGGGUGAAGAAGGGAUCUCUGUCGCUUCCACGCAUGUUACCAGUCGCGAUACUCAUGAUGGCGUAUUGUUGGAGAGUAUCGCUGAAUCUCUGGAAGUUCAGGAGAACCAAGAACUCGAGUUUCAAGAGGAUCAUUUUGGAACUGGCUCAGUCUUGGAAGGCACAGCACAUCGAUGGAACUCUGCGAAAAACACUUACGAUCGAUCAAACGCUUUCAAGGUCCGGAAAAGCCCGCUCAAAGUUUGCAUCCGCGACGUCCAUUUUAUUUGGAACCUAUUCGAUGGCUAUGAUUGGCAGCAUACUCGCGAUGCGAUCUCAAUGGCCGUCCAAGACGUAGAGUCCAAGGCAAUCGAGAAGAGGUCGCGAAAUGAGCGACGGCCAACGUUUGACCAAGAUAUUGACGAUGAAGAAACUGUCAUUGGCGACUUUCUAUUCAAUUCAAUAUAUAUUGGUAUACCAGCGAAUCGUGAUCCCCGCGAUUUGGCAGCCGCAAUCAACCAGGAGUUAAAUGACAAUAUAACGGACACCGAGUCUAUUGCCACAACUUCGCUAUCUUCUUCUCCGAGUAGCAAAGGGGGGCCACGCAACACGAAGACCAAAAAGUUGCAUCUGCAGAGAAGCAAGCAUCACAAAAUCACCUUUGAGCUCCGAGGAGUUAGUGUCGACCUUGUCUCAUUCCCUCCUGGAAGUGGGGAGACCCAAAGCUCAGUUGACAUUCGCGUACACGACUUCGAGAUUUUUGACCAUGUUCCGACUUCGACCUGGAGAAAAUUUGCUACUUACAUGCAAGAUGCUGGCGAAAGAGAAACCGGUACGAACAUGAUACACAUUGAGAUUCUCAAUGUGAAGCCGAUCCCUGAACUAGCUGCCGCGGAGAUUGUUCUGAAGGCAACAGUCCUCCCACUUCGACUCCACGUGGAUCAGGAUGCGCUAGACUUCAUCACAAGGUUUUUCGAAUUCAAGGACGAUUCUGCUCCCACUCAUACAUCUCCAAGCGAUCUGCCUUUCCUCCAGAGAGUGGAAGUCAACUCCAUCAAAGUGAAACUCGACUUCAAACCCAAGAGGGUUGAUUAUGCCGGUCUUCGCUCCGGACACACAACAGAAUUCAUGAACUUUUUAAUAUUAGACGAAGCAGAUAUGGUACUCCGCCAUACUAUCAUCUAUGGCAUCUCGGGCUUUGACAAGCUGGGGAAAUGCUUGAACGACAUUUGGAUGCCAGAUAUCAAAAGAAACCAACUUCCUGGAAUUUUAGCUGGGCUUGCACCUGUUAGGUCACUUGUUAAUGUUGGUGGCGGUUUCCGGCAUCUAGUUGUAGUACCCAUGCGCGAGUACAGGAAAGAUGGACGGAUCGUCAGAGGAAUUUCCAAAGGAGCUGCUGCAUUCGUCAAGUCUACUGGCACCGAGCUGGUCAAGCUAGGGGCAAAGGUUGCUGUUGGUGUGCAAACAGUCCUCCAGGGCGCGGAAGACUUUCUUGGUCCUGUGACAGAAUCUUCAGCACUCAGCGCCGAGAGAGAUGAUUCUGACGGUGAAAACAAGCAGAUUAGUCUUUACGCCAAUCAACCAGUUGGCGUGUUCCAAGGCCUUCGUGGCGGGUAUGCAGGCUUACAGCGUGACUUGAUAGUAGCAAGGGAUGCUAUCAUAGCCGUACCAGGUGAGGUGAUGGAAGGGGGGAAUGCAGCGGGAGCGUUGCGAGCGGUCAGAAAGCAUGCCCCAACAGUGAUACUUCGACCUGCCAUUGGUUUUGCCAGGGCUGGAGGUCAGAUUCUAAUGGGUGCCACAAAUUCGCUGGACCCGGUUCAUCUCCAGAGAGCUGAGGCGAAAUACAAGAAACAUUAA